UGCAACUCCCAGGGCUGGCACCUGGGGAAGGCCUAUUCUCCCCGGGGGUUCUCCUGCCAGGGUCGAGCUGAAGGACCCUGUCCCGGGUUGUGCCCACCUGGGGCGUCAGAGCCUGUCCCCGGAGCAGACGGACCUAGCGAGCUGCCUGGAGACGCCAAAGAGCAAAGCCCGACCCGGGGACUGCGGUCAUUUGAACAAAACUGGCGAGGAAAGGCUCUCUGGGCUUUUCUGUAAGCCUCUGUCGAAAUCCCGUUUUGAGUAGCGUCGUUUUUGAAUUCGCACUUGCAUUAGCAGCUACCCAUAGAGCUUAAAAUACCGACUUUAUCUCGCUGAGCGCUGUGCCAGCUUGAGUGGUGUGUUUCCGAUUCAGUUGAAAGCGUAUUUCCUUUUCAUGGAGGGGGUGGAAGUGCCUGCAAGAACACUGCAGCUUGAGAAACCGGCAGCCUCUGAUUAGUCACAUACCACUGCUCAUUUAAGUAUUGUUUGACAAAACAAUUUUCUCAUGUGGAGCAGGAGAGAUUCAGAUCCGUUGGGCGCCCUCAAGAUCAAAAAGUUGUUAACAGUGAAGGGAGUGCUGCUUUUGACACAAAAACUGGGUUACGUGUGGCAGUGAAGAAGCUGUCCAGACCAUUUCAGUCCAUCAUUCAUGCCAAAAGGACCUACAGAGAGCUGCGGUUACUUAAACACAUGAAACAUGAAAAUGUGAUUGGUCUGUUGGAUGUGUUUACACCUGCAAGAUCUCUGGAGGAAUUCAAUGAUGUGUAUCUGGUGACCCAUCUCAUGGGGGCAGAUCUGAACAACAUAGUGAAGUGUCAGAAGCUUACAGAUGACCACGUUCAAUUCCUUAUCUACCAAAUUCUCCGAGGUCUAAAGUAUAUUCAUUCAGCUGAUAUAAUUCACAGGGACCUAAAACCUAGUAAUCUAGCUGUGAAUGAAGACUGUGAGCUGAAGAUUCUGGAUUUUGGACUAGCUCGACAUACUGAUGAUGAAAUGACAGGCUACGUGGCUACAAGAUGGUACAGGGCUCCUGAGAUCAUGUUGAACUGGAUGCAUUACAACCAAACAGUGGAUAUAUGGUCAGUGGGAUGCAUAAUGGCGGAGCUGUUAACUGGAAGAACAUUGUUUCCUGGUACAGACCAUAUUGAUCAGUUGAAGCUCAUUUUAAGACUCGUUGGAACCCCAGGGGCUGAGCUUUUGAAGAAAAUCUCCUCAGAGUCUGCAAGAAACUAUAUUCAGUCUUUGACCCAGAUGCCCAAGAUGAACUUUGCAAAUGUAUUUAUUGGUGCCAAUCCCCUGGCUGUCGACUUGCUGGAGAAGAUGCUUGUAUUGGACUCAGAUAAGAGAAUUACUGCAGCCCAAGCCCUUGCACACGCCUACUUUGCUCAGUAUCAUGAUCCUGAUGAUGAACCAGUGGCCGAUCCUUACGAUCAGUCUUUUGAAAGCAGGGACCUCCUAAUAGAUGAGUGGAAAAGCCUGACCUAUGAUGAAGUCAUCAGCUUUGUGCCGCCACCCCUUGACCAAGAAGAGAUGGAGUCCUGAGCGCCUGGUUUCUGUUGUUGAUCCCACUUCACUGUGAGGGGAAGGCCUUUUCACGGGAACUCUCCAAAUAUCAUUCAAGUGCCUCUUGUUGCAAAGAUUUCCUCCAUGGUGGAAGGGGUGCGUGUGUGUGCGUGCAGCGUGCAUGUGUGUGUGUUAAUGUGUGUGCAUGUGCGUGUCUGUCUUUGUGGAAGAGUAACAUAAUCUGAGCAAACUAUGAUCACAGUGACUUUACAUGGAGUUGUGGAUGCUCCGAGGCAGCCUCUGCCUGCUCUUUCUGAAUGUCGGCUCAGGUAGAUAAGAGCUGCCAUCUUGUUAAGGAUAUGUUAAAUGCAAGGAAAAAAAAUUUAAAUGUCCCCUAUUCUGGUGAUGCUUUUGCCACUUUGGCCUCUCCUGUGGCCCCACCUUGAUGGUAGGGGGGUAGACUAGAUCACAACCACAGUGGCAUAGAAAGAAGGCUCGCACCUUCUGACUGCCCCCCAGCGACGCAGACAGCCAAAAAGGACCAACUGGCUGCCGUGUACCAGCCUGUGAGUAACUUGCUUAGUAUGGGCCUCAGAACUUGAGAGAAUACGUCUGAAACUGUAAAUAUGUUUGUGCCUUAAGAGGAGAGAAGAAAGUGUAGUUGGUUAAAAGACCACAGCUGCUGAAGUUCUGAGCCAGGCAAGUAGACAGGGCUGUGAGCCCGGAGUAACCAGGCAGCUUCUGAGGCGGCCACGUGUGCGCAUGCAUAUAUGUGCUUUUCUUUCUCACUGACCCCCAGGUGUUGUUGCCAUUUCUCUGCUCACCCCUCACCUUUUGUGCAGAGGUCUCUUGAGUAUUGGCCCCAGCAGUCAGAUGCAAGUUCCUGCUCUCGGUGCGCUUCCUGUGUGCUCUUUAUUUCUAGCAGUGUGAGGAUGUGUCUUGCACGUCUCGCUGUUUGAGCAUGCACAGCUGCUCGUCCUGUUCUCUUCAGGAGGCCCUGGGCCAGGCAAGUCUGCCGGUGAAGAUCUGUUUGGGUAGUCAAGCCCUGUGUCACCUUAGCUGAUGCUAUGAAAGUGACUUCAUCCUCUCUUCGGCCCCCAGCGCUAUUUUGUGUUGAACACAAUUGAUACUCCAGGUGCUCUUGAUGUAAAAACCAUGGGAAAAAAGUGGAAUAGAUGGAUGUAUAGCAUUUUCAGUCUUGCCGUCUGAUUUUCAACAGACUUUUGGGGAACUAUCAUGGACAAGACGAGGGCUUUUCCCAGGAAUAUCCCAAACUUUGGAAAAUUAGUUGUUCUCUUUACUCCCAAUAGCCAGUGCUGAAAAUCAAAAUGAAAAAUAAAAGCUCAUGAGGCCAGAAACUCCUUUUGCUAUCUUUCUCUAAAUAUGUUUAUUAAAAAAAAUAAAACAGUCACAAGGUGUCUUUUCCACCCCUGUAUGGAAAAGGGUCUUCUAGGCAGCUUAACAUUGAUUAAUUUCUUGAUCUUGGUUUGGGGAGAAAUAAAUUUUCUUUCAGAAUUUUGUAUUUUGCAGGAAUCCUUUGAGAAUGUGAUUCCUUUUGAUGGGGGAGAAAGGGCAAAUUAUUUUGAUAUUUUGUAUUUUCACCUUUAUAAAGAUGAAUAUCCUCAGGGGUGGAGAAGAAUCAUUUUCAUAAUUUUCUGAAUUUCAGGCAUUUUGUGCUUCACAAGGGCCCGUGUAUUUAAGCUUUCUGUGUGAUAAGGAAGUGAAAAGCCAAUUCUAGCGUUGGCUAUGUGACAAAUCUUGUAUUUAGGCCAAGGUGUCUCCAUUCUCUAUUUGUGCAGUGACAUACGUGCUCCAGAGGGACAGGGUAGAGCCCCUGAGUCAACUGGAGACAGAAGGAAGGAGCAGGCUGAUGGUGAGUCCACCUCACCUGGGAUUCUGCUCCCUUUAAAGGAAAGUGAACGUCUCCUUUAUAUGUAGUUCAAAUCCUUACCAUCUGCAGCAAGAUGAAUUUCAUCAGCCAUGUUUGGUUAUAAUGCUAGUGUGAUUUCCUACAGAAAUACUGCUCUGAAUAUUUUAUUUAAAAAAACAAAAAAGGGGGGAUUUGCACAUGUGACCACAUACGUGUUAGGAAGCUGAGUGCUCCCGGAGCCUGGACUCUGACUGGAGCCGGUGGAAGAGCUCCUGGAAUUCUGAGCAAGAUGCUCCCAUCUCCUGAUUUCUCUAAACAGAAGACAAAAGAGACAGAGGGAAACUGCUAUUUUAUCUGUGUUCAUAAACUCGGCUGUAAUCAUUUAUGCCAUAUAGGAUGUCAGGUAACACCACUGGUAAAAAUAAAGCCUAUUUUUCAAAUUCAGUGAGUUUCUCAGAUUUAUUGUUUUUUUGAUUGUUUUUAUUUAGUGCACAAUAUGGCAUUGUGUAAAUGUUCUUUCAACUGUGGCCUGGCAUUCAUUUCUGGCAGAUCUUACUAUUGGUCCUAAAAUUUAGACAAUAUUUAGAGCGCUCCUUAGUUGUACAUCUAUGGUCAAAAGAAUCUGGAUCUUGGAUGUGGAUGGGUAGAGCAAAGAGCAAAUAAGGUAUUACUCAGAAGGGCCUGCAUCACAUUUGUGUGUAAAAGUGGCAUGGGACAGGGGUCAACAAACUGACCCAAGGGCUAAAUCCCACCCACCACCUGUUUUUGUGUAGCCUGCAAAGUAUGGUUUUUACAUUUUUAAAUGGUUGAAAAAGAUCAAAAGAAGAUUAUUUUUUGUAGCAUGUGAAAAAUAAUGUAAAAUUCAAAUCUCAGUGUCCAUAAAUAAAGUUUUUCGGAAUAUAA